GCUGACCAAUGGGAGUGCAGGAGGCGGGACCAGCGUGUGUUAGCAUGGUGACAUUGAGCAUGUAGCUGUGUGUGUGUGUUAUAACGCGCCGCAGUGUGUAUUUGUGAGAUAAACAUUCAGUGAUGGAGACUUCAGAGGCAGAUGAACCUCACCUCAGACAUGUGGAGCAGGACGUCCUGAUCCCAAAACUGAUGAGAGAGAAAGCUAAAGAGCUGUGUGUCCAACAAGUUGAAGCGUUCACUCAGUGCUGUAAGGACAGCGGGCUGCUCAUGGUGCUGAAAUGCAGAGAGGAAAAUCACGCCCUGAAACAGUGUCUUACUAAACAUUACACAGAUCCAGUGUUCUAUGAAGAGUGUAAGCAGCAGUACAUCAAAGAGAAGCAGGAGUACGAGCGCACCGGCGUCUCCGCCAAACACCGAGCACAGCGAUUACCCACCAGCAUGUAGCGCCCGCACAGCUGUUUAUAUUCAUGACUAAACCUCAUAUAAAUUCAUAGAGAGAGUUUUAAUCACAUCAGAUGGAAUUUCCUCCACUGGGACACACACACACACACACACACGAGGUUUUUUUUUUUUUUUUUUGAAUGUACUUUUGUUCUGAUUGUUUUUUUUUUCCUUGUUCUUUGCGAGAUCAUCAGUUUUGUUUGAAAGUGAACACACACACACACGUGCGCACACACACACCAGUUUACAGCAUCUGUCAGUUAAUCUGUGUGUGAGAAAUUAUUAAAUGAGUUAAUAAAUGUAAUAAACGUGUGUGUAAAUGAAUGCUGUGGUGAAUGUGGAUAAACCUGCAGGAGAUCGUGGUGUUAAAGAUGACUGAAUAAACAUGCUGACCUUUGA